CCGGCCCGGCCCAGCCCUCCUUUGUACCGCUGCAGCCAUGAGCCAUUCCAGCAGCAUCCGCGCCACCUCUUAUCGUCGCACCUUCGGGCCGUCGCCGAUGCUGUCGCCGAUGCCGUACUCCUCGUCCCGCCUGGCCUCGGCCUCUUCCGCCACGCGGCUGCUGAGCACGCCUUCCACCGGAGCUUCCUUGCGGUCCUACCGCGGGAGCGGCGGGGGCAGCGCCAUGUUCUUGCGCACCAGCGUGCCGGUGGUGGUGGCGGCGGGGGCGCCGCGCUACGCCUACAGCUCCGAGAAGCUGGACUUCUCGGUGGCCGAUGCCCUGAACCAGGAGUUUCUGGCCACGCGGAGCAACGAGAAGCAGGAGCUGCAGGAGCUCAACGACCGGUUCGCCAGCUUCAUCGAGAAAGUGCGCUACUUGGAGACGCAGAACGCCGCCCUGCUGGCCGAGCUGGGCCAGUCCCGCGCCAAGGAGCCCACCCGCGCCUCGGACCUCUUCCAGGACGAGCUGCGCGAGCUGCGCCGGCAGGUGGACGCGCUGGGCAAGGACCGCGACCGCUUGCAGGUCGAGAGGGACAACUUGGCCGAGGACUUGGCCGCCCUCAAGCAGAGGCUGGAUGAGGAAAUGCACAAGCGAGAAGAUGCUGAGAACAACCUGGUUCUCUUCCGCAAGGAUGUGGAUGAUGCCACCCUUUCACGCCUGGAACUGGAGCGUAAGAUCGAGUCCCUCAUGGAUGAAAUUGAAUUCCUCAAGAAACUGCAUGAGGAGGAGCUGAACGACAUGCAGGUGAGCUUACACAGCCAGCAGCAGGUGCAAGUGGAGGUGGAGCAGGUUAAGCCAGACCUGACAGCUGCCCUGCGAGAGAUCCGCACUCAGUACGAAAGCAUCGCGGUCAAGAACCUGCAGGAGGCUGAAGAGUGGUACAAAUCCAAGUUUGCUGACUUGUCAGAUGCAGCCAAUCGGAAUCAUGAGGCCCUUCGCCAGGCCAAACAAGAGAUGAAUGAAUCUCGCCGUCAGAUCCAGACCCUGACCUGCGAGGUGGAUGGACUCAAAGGAACAAAUGAAGCCUUGCUGAGACAGAUGCGAGAUCUGGAGGACCAAUAUGGGGCUGAGGUGGGCUCCUACCAAGAGACAGUGGCGCGGCUGGAGCAGGAGAUCCAGCACAUGAAGGAAGAGAUGGCUCGGCAUCUGCGGGAGUACCAGGACCUGCUGAAUGUCAAGAUGGCUCUUGACAUUGAGAUUGCCACCUACCGCAAACUGUUGGAAGGAGAGGAGAGUAGGAUUGCAGUGCCUGUCCAAUCCAUGGCAUCUCUCAGCAUCAGGACCACAGUUUCAGAACCGGAGCCAAGUGUAGAGAGCCACACCCGGAAGACUGUGCUGAUCAAAACCAUUGAGACUCAGGACGGAGAGGUGGUGACCGAAUCAAGGAAGGAGCAGAGAGCCGAGAUAGAGAAGUGAGGCGGGCCACCCCAACAGGCUCUCCCGGGCUGAGAAAGGCACUAAGCUCACCUCUUUGCAAAAGUCCCAGUCGCAGAUCCCCCCUUCCCUCACUAAGCCGCACUGGCCUUAUUUACAAUGGUGAUGUUGAUGAUACCUCUUACCACUGGCAGCCUUCCCACACUGUUCUGGGCUUCCUGAACCAGCCCUCUCUGCCCUUUGGACCGCGCCCUUUUUGCAGCCUGGUGGUAGUCCCAGCAAUAGCCACUCAUGGUCUGGGGAGCGGGGAUGGCUUCACCUGCUCUCUUCUUCCACCACCUCCUACCUCUUCUUAUCACAUGCUUCCUCAUCUUUCCCUGCAAAGGGCCCCCCUCCAACCAGUAUCCUCCUCCCCAAAACCGAGCUGCCUUCCUGUAAAGUACCACUCACAAAGCCAGCCCACCAAAGCCAACCAAUUUGCCAGGUAUGUUUAGAUUGAAUCUAAGGGCCGUGGCCUUCCAGCUGUUGCGGAAUUAAAACUCCCAGCCUCUGAGGUCAUGCAGGGUGCUGCUGGGAGAUUAGUUCAGCAACAGCUGGAAGGUCCCAGGUCCCCUACCACUGCCAAACACUUUGAUGACUGCAGGUUGGCAAGCUUUGACAUCUUGCAAGGCCCACUAAGCACACCAACUUGGAAGCACCAAAGAAGGGCAGAAGCUUGCUCACAACCUUGGUUUACUGCUCCUGUUGAAUCUGAAGCCAGUUCUAUGUGCUGGCCACAGACACGCCUGCUAGUUCACAGAGAUUCUCAAAAUAAUCAUGAUAGGAACUUGCUUUAUCAAGAUGAGUGGUUUGGCCUUCCAAUCAGUUCUCACUUCUGUUAACCUGUUUUGGGAAGGUGCAUGGUUACCUUCAUGUCAUCUGCACUGAGAGGGAGAAUAGCACUGGCCAACCUUAUAGGGCUGAUUUAAGGAUGACAAGGUAAUGCAACUGAAGCAUUUUGAACAUUAAAUGCUAAAUAGUGUUAAUUCCCUCAGUUGUUAUGCCCCAAACUGGUGCCCUCCAGAUGUGUUAGACUCCAAUUCUCAUAAUUCCUAACCAACAUGAUGCUGGCUGGGGUUAUGAGAGUUAGUUAAAUGCAUCUGGAGAGUACAAGUGGAGAAAACCUACUGCAGGUCUUCUCAAAUGUGCCCCAAAUGAAUGCGUAUAAAACGGAUGAUUCAUUGCCUUUUAUUUUUUAAAGCAAAUUUUGUAAGGGAAUCUUAAAAAAAAUCUCUAAAAGAAAAAAAAAAGCCCUCUGGCCAUUAAUGCAUUGAUUCCCAAUACUGAAGGGUGCUAGUGGUAAUCUUAAGAAUCUGAUCCAGUAGGUGUUUACUCAGAAGUCUCAAGUCUUUCUUAACUGUUCAACUUCCUUCCACUUAAAUAUGACUUUUACUGCACUCUUAAAAGUAAUGUCAGC